GUACCUUGAGAACCCUGCUAAAGGUCGAAAGAAGGCAAGGCAUACGCUGUAUAAAGCAGACUCCAUCGCUGUUGGCAUCAGUCAGCUACCGACUCUCUCGUAAGAUUGAACCAUUCUAGGAAAAUUGAAUUCACGCAGCAUUUCAAGAUGAAGUUUAUAUUGACUAUUCUGUUAGCCCUGGCUGCCGUUGCUGCUUGCCAGCCCAUCGGCGAAGCCCCAAUUCCGGCUUCCGUUCCAGCCGACAAAGCCGUUGCCGUGGUGGCAAAAUCCAUCGAAUCGGCUGACUCUGCUCAACACGAUUUAACUCCAAAUGAAUCCUCCGCUAAACAUUUCGGUCUUGGUGGAUUGGGAUCAGGAUUCGGACACGGACAUGGAUUCGGACACGGACAUGGAUUCGGACAUGGACAUGGACAUGGAUAUGGAUUCGGACCUGGAUUCGGACAUGGAUAUGGAGGUUAUGGUCUUGGCGGAUUAGGCGGAUACGGACUCCAUGGAUUAGGCGGAUACGGUGGAUACGGAGGUUACGGACUUGGUGGAUUGUACGGGGGCCAUGGAUACGGCUUCCCGGGCUAUGGUUACGGACUUGGUGGAUUAGGGUACGGUUACGGUAGAUAAUCUGUACCAUCACUUAAUUGUUAUUUAUCCAAGUGCCAAAUGGUCUGAUGUUGAAGUGAUUUCGAGCAAUGAUGUAACCUGUUUAAGUGGAGUGUCAAUACAAUGUUAUUCUUCGUGA